AUGGGAACGAAUAAUAACAUAUCAUGUUCGAAACCCAAGGCAAACAAGACACACACAAGCAAAAUCCCCAUAUAUCCCAAACUCGACGGUUAUGCCACUAAUAGGGUUAAAAAAUUCUCCUUAUCCCGCCGCCUCCUCCGAUUCACCGUCUUCCGGCGCUUCUUACCGGUUCUCUCGCCGCCGGUAUCAGCCAUUAACAUCUGCUUCUUUCACUUGUUUUCCUUUUGGAGGCUCAAACAAGCUUUUGACUCAACGCAGCCAAAAAAUAGUAGCAGUGGUUUAAAAGAGAACGGGAAACACAGAGCCAGAAAGAGGCCAGGAAAUUGUCAUUCACAUUCACAUUCGAACCUGUAUUGUUUUGAACAGGAUGACGGUUGCUUUAAUUGCGUUUCAGGAAUUAAAGGUGACACAGAGACUAAGCCACAACACAGUGGUCGGUUACAUACUGAACCGGAAGUGUCGCUCCCGUUAACGACCGCUUCGGCACCCGUAUACACAAAAGAAAACGGUGUAAUGUGGUCAUCUUCACCCGACAGACUCGAGCUACCCCAGAAGCCAUUCAACAGCCCUGAAUCCCCUUGCAUCUCCGAAUCAGGUUCAGACAUAUACAGCAAACGCGAAGUGAUUCAAAAACUAAGACAGCAGUUAAAAAGACGCGAUGACAUGAUUCUUGAAAUGCAAGAUCAGAUAGCCGAGCUGCAGAGUUCUGUAACUUCACAACGCACCCGUUCAGACCAUCUGCAAUCUUUAUUGGAAGCUGCAAACCGCGACCUUUUUGAUUCCGAGAGGGAAAUUCAGAGGCUAAGAAAGGUGAUCGCUGAUAUUUGUGCGGGUACUGAAAAACCAAAUGGAAAUAUAAACGGGUUUCAAGAUUUGGAGUGUUUGGAUAAAGGAAUAGGAGGAAAUGUAGUUGAUAAAAUUGAGAUAUUGAAAAAGGAAAUAGGGGAGUUGAAAGAUUUGAUUGAAGGAAAAGAUUAUUUGCUUCAGAAUUACAAAGAGCAGAAAUCUGAACUUUCGUUGAAGGUGAAGGAGUUGCAGCACAGAUUGGAUUCUCAGGUUGCCAAUAUAUUUUAGUUUUUUUUUUUUUUUAUAGUUUUUUAGGGUUUUUUUUUUUUUUUUUUUUUUUUUUUUAAUUUUUGUGUAUUUUUUAUUUUCUUCUCAUGAAUGCUAAAGCACCGAUUUUUUUGGUGUUAUGGUGUGAAUACGUAGAUUAAAAUCAUGGAUGAUUAUGGAACAUGUAAUCCUCUAGAAGGCUUCAAAACUGA